CCACAUGGUGAGUUUGACAUGGCUCUCAGCAGCACUCUGCUACCCUCCAUCUCCACCUUCGCAGCUGGUACGCCGGGCAAAGAGAAAGUCCUAAGGCAAACAGGUGCCCCUAACAAUCGGUGGCGGGAGGAGCUGUCCCACAUGAAACACCUUCCUUCAGUGCUCAGCGGCCGCCCCUACGACUUGGCGACGGCGGUGGAGGUGGCCGACCUGGAGAGCAACGGUGGCUGCGGCGGCGACAACAAUCCUGCGCUCCUGGCCAGACGAGAGGUGGAGGAAUUCAACGACUUGCUGGACUUUGAUUUUAUGCUUUCCAACUCCUUGAUCCACCAGGAACCAACCGCGGCAGCGGUGGUGUCCUCAGCUUCGGCGUCAGCCUCUGACUCGUCCUUCCCUUCGAGCAGCGGCCCAGCGAGCGCUCCUCCGGCCAACUGCAGCUUCGCUUACCAGCUGCGGGGUGCUGGGGACCCGGGAGGGGCGUCUGGAGACCCCACCACCUCGGGCAGAAGCAGUAACACCAUCAGUAACGGUGGGGGCGGCAGCCUUCUUUACAUCCGGCCUCCCGCCGCCCCCUUUAACCUGGCCGACAUCAAUGACGUGUACCCUUCAGGUGGAUUUGUAGCCGAGCUCAUGAGCCCUGACUUGGACCCUGUGUAUAUUCAACAACAGCAGCUUCCAGGUGGCAGCCUGCAAGGAAAAUUUGUUGUGAAAGACACCUUGAACAUGGAGGAGUACAAUGGUCAGUCUAUCAUCGGUGUUAACAAAGGCAACCCGUCCUCUUGCAGCCCAGACGGCAGCCACCCUGUGGUAGUGGCCCCCUAUAGCACAGGGCCUCGGGUGUGCCCCAAGAUCAAGCAAGAGGCCGUCUCCUCUUGCACUAUCGGCAGGCCUAUGGAGGCCCACCUGGGCAGUGGCCCGCCUCUCAGCAAUGGCCAAAAAGCGCAGCCCCACGAAUUUCCCUUGGGGCAGCCUCUCCCCAGCAGGACUACUCCCUCCUUGACUGCUGAGGAAUUAAUGAACAGCAGGGACUGCCACCCUUCACCUCCGGGGAUAAGCCAUCCAUUGCCACUACCCCUUGGGUACCACCCUGGACCCAACUAUCCUCCUUUCCUGCCGGACCAGCUGCAGCCCCAGGUUCCUCCACUCCAAUAUCAAGGUCAGUCUAAGGGUCAUAUGGCUCUCAUGGAAGAGCUUUCUUUAACAGGUCAUCCUUUGGUACAAGGAGUGAUGCUGACUCCACCCUCUUCACCUUUAGAGCUUAUACCACCCAGGAGUUGCAUGCCAGAAGUACCCAAACCCAAGAGAGGGCGCAGGUCAAGGCCCAGGAAAAGGACAGCCACCCACACGUGUGAUUAUGCAGGCUGCAGGAAAACAUAUACCAAGAGUUCUCAUCUCAAGGUACAUCUUCGAACCCAUACAGGUGAGAAGCCUUAUCACUGUGACUGGGAGGGCUGUGGAUGGAAAUUUGCCCGCUCUGAUGAACUGGCCCGCCACUACAGGAAGCACACUGGUCAACGCCCAUUCCAGUGCCAGAAAUGUGACCGAGCAUUUUCCAGGUCCGACCACCUUGCCUUACACAUGAAGAGACAUAUUUAA